AUGGAGGUUCAGUUGAGUGAUGGGUUGACUGUUGUUAAAGUUGAAGAUGAAGAAGUGAUGUCCAUGAUGGGCGACGAGCCGUGUAAGGAGGAGGAAUGUUCUCCAGAGAUCAGCACAGACCCCGGGGACCCCAUAACAAGAAAUUUCCAAGCUGAAGGAGAAAGACACAGAGAUAUUAAAGAGGAGGAGAUUCUUAUUGUGUCUACCAAAGAUUGGAAGAACUGGAUUAUGGGAACAUCUGCAGAUGUGUCCACCUCUAACAACAUGCUGAGGGAUGAAAAUCUGCUCAGUAUUAAAGUGGAAGUUAAAGAGGAAGAAGAAGAGACAUACAUGGUGGGUGAUGAUCUGUAUGGACGCUACAGAAGGUACAGCAUGGAGGACCAUCUUGGUACAUCUCCAGGUGGUGAGAUAGAAGAUGAUGACUCUAAAUCCGGCUCUUCAGAAGAAAGCCCCAUCACCUCAGAUCUCCAUCCUUUACCUCACGGCACAGAUGAAUCACUUGACCGGUCCACCAAUGCGUGGAGUUGCCCUGAUCCCUCCGAGGCCACCACCCAUCAAGCCAUAGGACGAGGGGGUGACAUGUUACCGUGCUCGGAGUGUGGCAAAUGUUUCGGCAAGAGAGCAGACCUCAACAUCCAUCUCCGAAUUCACACCGGGGAGAAGCCGUACUCUUGUUCCGAAUGCGGGAAAAGCUUUUCGAGGAAACGUUACCUUCUCGAACAUCAGAAAACACACACAGGCCGGGACCUUUACUCGUGCUCCGAGUGCGGCAAAUGCUUCACUCGGAGGCCGAACCUUAUUCUGCAUCACAAGACCCACACAGGGGAGAAGCCAUAUUCCUGUUCAGAAUGUGGGAAGUCUUUCAUAUACAAGACUCACCUUGUUACCCACCAGCGGACUCAUACGGGAGAGAAGCCUUAUUCGUGCUCCGAGUGCGGGAAGUCUUUUAAAGACCGGUCCUAUUUCAUCAGCCACCAAAAAGUUCACACGGGGGAGAAGCCUUAUGCCUGCACCGAGUGCGGGAAAAGCUUCAAGUGGAAGUCGAACCUCGUGACCCACCAGAGAAUGCACACGGGGGAGCGGCCAUACUCCUGCCCGGAGUGUGGAAAGUGCUUUCCGGACAAAGCGUAUCUCAUCGCCCACCAAAAGCUUCACUCGGGGGAGAAGCCCUAUUCCUGUCCCGAGUGUGGCAAAUGCUUUUCAGUCAAAUCGAAUCUUAUUAAGCAUCAGAAGAUACACAUCCAGAAGCCCUUCCUGUGCGGAGAAUGCGGAAGAGGUUUUACCACGAGGGCAGGACUCAUCCCACCCCUGAGGAGCCAUACAGCAGAGAGGCCAUUUUCUUGCUCCCAAUGUGGCAAAUGUUUUUCCCGCAAAUUCUGCCUCAUUACACACGAAAAGAUUCACAUGGGGGUGAAGCCAUUUUCCUGUUCUCAAUGCGGAAAGUGUUUUUCCCGGAAAUCGUCCCUCAUCACGCACGAUCGAGUCCACACGGGCGAGAGGCCGUUUUCAUGCACGCAGUGCGGGAAGCGGUUUUCUCAGAGGUCCCAUCUCAUCGGUCAUGAGCGGACUCAUACGGGGGUGAAACCAUAUGUGUGCCCGGUGUGUGGGAAGUGUUAUUCCCGCAAGGCUGAUCUGGACGAUCAUCACAGAACCCACACGGGGGUGAAGCCGUACUCCUGCUCCACGUGCGGGAAAUGCUUCAACAACAAAUCAAACUUUUUCACUCACCAGAGGACCCACAACGCCGACGGCAAUGGUAAGGACAGACGUUUGCAGCGAUGGGGUAAGGUGAUUGGACUCUUAAAGUAA